GCCUGGGCUCGCGCUGGGCUCCGCGCGCCCCCCGCCCCCCUCUAUGAGGCAGAGGCCGCGGUGGCCGUUAGUGCUGUCGCUUCGGGGGCCGCGGCGGGCGGGGCUCCGGUGGGGCCCGACCUAGUCCCCACCCCAGCCCGGCUCCCAGCCGCCCGCCCUCCCCUCCCUCUCCUCCCUCUCCUCGAUGCAGGGAGCCGAGCUCCGGGAUGGCGAGGCGGCGGCGGCGGCCGCUUCGUACCGUGUCCUGAGCCGCCUUCUCGGCUAUGGAGAGGCGGCCCCCGAGCCAGGCCCACCGCCGCCACCCCCCGGCCAUGGUCCCCCGCCGCCACCCUUCCUCGCGCGGCCGGGCCCGCGGGGCUCCCGACCGCCUCAGCUGAUGGUGUUCCGCAACGUGGGUCGGCCGCCUGAGGAGGAGGACGCGGAGGCGGCUUCGGAGCCAGGACCCUCGGAACUGCUGUGUCCCCGGCACCGCUGUGCCCUGGACCCCAAGGCCCUGCCACCAGGCUUGGCGCUUGAGCGGACCUGGGGCCCGGUGGCUGGACUAGAGGCUCAGUUGGCGGCUCUGGGGCUGGGGCAGCCGGCGGGGCCGGGGGUCAAGACAGUAGGAGGGGGCUGCUGCCCAUGCCCAUGUCCGCCUCAGCUGCCCCCUCCGCAGCCCCAGGCACCUGCUGCCACCUCGCAGGCCGGGGAGGACCCCACAGAGACGAGCGACGCACUGUUGGUCCUGGAGGGCUUGGAAUCGGAGGCCGAGAGCCUGGAGACUAACAGCUGCUCGGAAGAGGAGCUCAGCAGCCCGGGCCGUGGAGGAGGAGGGGGCGGCCGGCUUCUGCUGCAGCCCUCAGGCCCCGAAUUACCCCCAGUGCCCUUCCCGCUGCAGGACUUGGUCCCUCCAGUGCGCCUGAGUCGAGGGGAGCAGCAGCAGCAACAACCUCCCCCGCCGCUGCCACCUCCUGGGCCCCUCCGGCCGCUCGCGGCUCCUUCUCGUAAGGGCUCCUUCAAAAUCCGCCUCAGUCGCCUCUUUCGCACGAAGAGCUGCAACGGUGGCUCCAGCAGUGGGGAUGGAACCGGCAAGAGGCCUUCUGGAGAGCUGGCUGCUUCAGCUGCGAGUCUGACGGACAUGGGAGGCUCUGCGGGCCGGGAGCUGGACCCGGGGAGGAAACCCAGGUUGACAAGAACUCAAAGUGCCUUUUCUCCGGUCUCCUUCAGUCCCCUGUUCACAGGUGAAACAGUGUCGCUUGUGGACGUGGACAUUUCUCAGCGGGGCCUGACUUCUCCACACCCUCCAACUCCCCCUCCUCCUCCAAGAAGAAGCCUCAGCCUCUUAGAUGAUAUCAGUGGGACGCUGCCUACAUCCGUCCUUGUGGCUCCGAUGGGGUCUUCCCUGCAGUCUUUCCCCCUACCUCCGCCUCCUCCACCCCAUGCCCCAGAUGCGUUUCCCCGGAUUGCCCCCAUCCGAGCAGCUGAAUCCCUACACAGCCAGCCCCCGCAGCACCUCCAAUGUCCCCUCUACCGGCCUGACUCUAGCAGCUUUGCAGCCAGCCUUCGAGAGCUGGAGAAGUGUGGUUGGUAUUGGGGACCAAUGAAUUGGGAAGAUGCAGAGAUGAAGCUAAAAGGGAAGCCAGAUGGUUCUUUCCUGGUACGGGACAGUUCCGAUCCUCGUUAUAUUCUGAGCCUCAGUUUCCGAUCACAGGGUAUCACCCACCACACUAGAAUGGAGCACUACAGAGGAACUUUCAGCCUGUGGUGUCAUCCCAAAUUUGAGGACCGCUGCCAAUCUGUAGUAGAAUUCAUUAAGAGAGCCAUCAUGCAUUCCAAGAAUGGAAAGUUUCUUUAUUUCUUGAGAUCCAGGGUUCCAGGACUGCCACCAACUCCAGUCCAGCUGCUCUAUCCAGUGUCCCGAUUCAGCAAUGUCAAAUCCCUCCAGCACCUUUGCAGAUUCCGGAUCCGACAACUCGUUCGGAUAGAUCAUAUCCCGGAUCUCCCACUGCCUAAACCUCUGAUCUCUUAUAUUCGAAAGUUCUACUACUAUGAUCCUCAGGAAGAGGUAUACUUGUCUCUAAAGGAAGCGCAGCUCAUUUCCAAACAGAAGCAAGACAUGGAACCCUCCACGUAGCGAGGGGCCCCCUGCUGGUCACCACCAAGGGCAUUUGGUUACCAAGCUCCAGUUUGAAGAACCAAUUGAAGCUACCAUGAAAAGAAGAAUAGGAAGGUUUGGGAUUCUAUGUUCAAAGACUAUGGUUUCUCCUGCAGCCCCUGGGGCUUGGAAGAAGCACACAACCAGAGUCUGAGUUGGGGACUCCACCAUUCAUAUCCACCCAUGGUAUCCCAGAACUAGAUGAGCUCUUUGAAAAACUGGAAGAAGUCUCAACACUGUUUGUUUUCAGAAGUUUUGUUUUCAAUAUUUGCAUUUCUCAGUAUGGAAAACUCACCUUAAAGGCAGCUGGGUUUUGGAAGUGGUGUAAAGGGUGAG